CGGACAGCUGGAGCCGGCCAGGCCGGCGACCUUCGGAACUAGCGGGCGGUGAGAGCUUUGCCAGAGACCGAGUGGCAGCUGUCUUCGGUCGAAAGAAACAAGUAACAAAUCCUGCCUUCAGUUGCUGAUUCCGUUGUUGGAAACUCCCUUUUCUGAUAAGGAAGCGGAGACAGAGAAUGGAGCCCUCAAAGAAGACGACGUUUAAAAGUGAGCAAAAAUCAAGGAAAUUUUUGAAAAGCCUUAUACGGAAGCAGCCCCAAGAACUCCUGCUAGUAAUUGGAACCGGGGUGAGUGCUGCUGUUGCACCAGGAAUUCCAGCCUUGUGUUCGUGGCGGAGUUGCAUUGAAGCAGUCAUUGAAGCCGCUGACCAGCUAGAAGUGUUACAUCCUGGAGAUGUAGCCGAUUUCCGCCAGAAAGUGUCCAAAGACCGAGAUUUGCUUGUGGUUGCACACGAUUUAAUCCGAAAGAUGUCACCGCGCACAGGGGAUGCUAAGCCCAACUUUUUCCAGGACUGUUUGAUGGAGGUGUUUGACAACUUGGACCAACACAUUCAGCAUCCUGCUCUCCUCCUGUCCAUCCUCCAACUAAUGGAACGGGGCACAAUGGUACUCACCACCAACUAUGACAACUUACUUGAGAUCUUUGGGCAACAGCAGCAUAAAGCUAUGGAAUCGCUUGACCUGAAAGAUAAAGACAAGGUUCUCCAGUGGGCAAAAGGACACCUCAAAUAUGGUGUCCUUCAUAUUCAUGGUUUGUAUACUGAUCCCUGCGGAAUGGUGCUGGAUCCCUCAGGAUAUCAGGAAGUAACCCAAGACCCCGAAGUAAUGGAAGCACUACAGAACCUAUACCGGAGGAAAUCUUUUUUGUUUGUGGGCUGUGGGGAGACCCUGCGUGAUCAAAUCUUUCAAGCUCUCUUUCUGUACACGGUUAAAAACAAAGUGGAACUAGAACAUUAUAUGUUGGUGCGGAAAGAAAAUGAAGACCAGUUCUUUAAAUUGCAGGCCGAUAUGCUUGUGCAUGGCAUAAAAGUCGUAUCCUAUGGGGAUUGCUUUGAACAUUUCCCAGGGUACCUCCAGGAUCUCACGGCACAGAUCUGUAAACAAAGAAGUCCAGAUGCAGACAGGGUGGAUAGCACAACAGUUUGGGGGCCAUCAUGUGCAGAUUGCACAAAAAGAAGGUUAGGAGAGAGUGGGAAUGACCGAGCCAAGAAGGCUAGGCACCUGAAGGAUGAUCCCGCUGAAGGUGGUGUCCUUCUGUGACCAUACCAGACUGCUCCUCAAGAAACAACUCCUUACUUUGGCCAUUUGCAUCUGCUGGGAGUCAAAUAACGGAUAGGUGGAGACUUCUUACAAAGUCUGCUUUGGAGGGGGGGAUCCAUAUCAUAUCCAAUAAUUCAAAUUUCAUAGCUGCUCUUGAGGAAGAACAGAUUUCUAAAUAUCUCAGGGAUGAAGUCUUGGAAAAGAGGGAGCUAUGGCCUAUGAAGUGGCAUUUAGUUUGUAACUUUGGACUCCUCUCAUCUUAUUUCAGUCCAUGCACUGUAAGUUAAAGCACAGGAAGCCUUUUCCUUCCCUCAAAGGGCUACAUGACACCUUGUGAGGAAAAAGGCACCCAAUCUGAGUAACAUUCCAUGUGUCUAGGCAAAGAACUCUUCAAGUUUUCCUAGCAUAGUACUGGGAGUUCUCAUGCAGGCAGUUGCAAAAGAUCAGUGACGAAAUGCUAGUCGUGUUUCUGAAUCUUAGUAACUUGAAGAUGUGUGGACUUCAACUCCCAGAAUUCUUCAGUUAGCAUGGUGGGAGGAAUUCUGGGACAAAGUCCCCAUACAGUAUCUUAAAGUUGCCAAGGUUGAGAAAUGCUGUGCUAAUGUAAUAAAGUUUAUACAUUCUGUAAAUUCUUGAAGAAAAAAACUUGAACAAAAUGUGAAAUUUGAUGUGCGUUAAUUUCUUUGUUUUUGAAUAAAUAAAUUCA